AUGGAGACAAUGACAGAGGAGAAAGAAGAAGUGAAGAGUUUUAAGGACUUAGGAAUAUGUGAUCAAUUAAUUGAAGCAUGUGAUAAUUUGGGUUGGAGAAACCCAACAAAGAUUCAACUUGAAGCCAUGCCUCAUGCCCUUGAGGGGAAGGAUUUGAUUGGUUUAGCACAAACUGGUUCUGGUAAAACAGGAGCUUUUGCUUUACCUAUAUUACAAGCUUUACUUGAGUCUUCACAGAAAUCUGUUCAACCUUUCUUUGCCUGUGUUCUCUCUCCUACAAGGGAGUUGGCAAUACAGAUUGCUGAGCAAUUUGAAGCUUUAGGAUCUGGAAUUGGUUUGAGAUGUGGAGUGCUAGUUGGAGGUGUGGAUAUGGUGCAACAGUCUCUUAUCCUUGCAAAAAGACCACAUAUUGUUGUUGCAACACCUGGACGCCUUUUGGAUCAUCUGACAAACACAAAAGGUUUUUCUCUUCGUACAUUGAAGUAUUUGGUCUUAGAUGAGGCAGACAGGUUACUGAAUGAAGAGUUUGAGAAAUCCCUGGAUGAAAUUUUAAAUGUUAUUCCACGGGAUCGAAAAACAUAUUUGUUUUCUGCAACCAUGACAAAAAAGGUGAAGAAGCUCCAAAGAGCUUGUUUGAGAAAUCCUGUGAAGAUUGAAGCAGCAUCUAAAUAUUCCACUGUUGACACACUGAAGCAGCAGUAUCUUUUUGUUCCUUCUAAGCACAAGGAUUGCUAUCUUGUGUACCUUCUGACUGAAAUGUCUGGUAGUACUGCCAUGGUUUUUACUCGAACAUGCGAUGCAACUAGCUUUUUAGCUUUGGUUCUUCGAAACCUUGGACUAAGGGCCAUCCCUAUUAAUGGUCACAUGAGUCAGCCAAAGAGGCUUGGAGCCUUAAAUAAGUUCAAGGCAGGAGAGUGCAAUGUUCUAAUAUGCACUGAUGUGGCAAGUAGAGGACUGGAUAUUCCAUCUGUUGAUAUGGUUAUUAACUACGAUAUCCCCUCAAACUCUAAGGUUAGAUCUACUAUUUUUGUGGGGAUUCAUGCAGGAAUACUUAGCGUGCCAUGUUUAGACCUAGGAAGAACUGCUCGUGCAGGAAGGUCUGGGGUUGCAAUAUCACUAGUAAAUCAGUAUGAAUUGGAGUGGUAUCUACAGAUAGAGAAUCUUAUAGGUAAAAAGUUGCCAGAGUUUCCCGCCCAAGAGGAGGAAGUCUUGCUGUUGUUGGAUCCUGUUAUUGAUGCCAAAAGAAUUUCUCAUGCGAAACUUAAAGAAAGUGGGGUUAAGAAGAGGAGGGGUGGAGAUGACGAUGAAGAUGAUGUUGAAAAGUAUUUAGGCUUCAAGCACAAGAAGUCCAAGAAGAUGGGGUGA